UAUUUGGAUAGUGCCGGAAAAGAGCAAACGUUUUUAAUUUCUAUAAAACUGAAAUAAAAUACAUCAUUUUGUAAGAUGAUCGGCAUGAGGAUGAACGCAUUCAACGAUACAGGUUUAGGAGAGCCGGAGCAAGAUGCAAAUUCAGCUCUAAUCGAGCUGGAUAAAGGUCUUCGGUCGAACAAGAUAGGGGAGCAGUGCGAAGCUAUCGUACGAUUUCCCCGCCUAUUCGAAAAAUAUCCUUUUCCAAUCCUGAUAAACUCUUCGCUGCUCAAGUUGGCUGACGUCUUUCGGAUAGGCAGCAACUUUCUGCGCGUCUGGGUAUUGAGGGUUUGCCAACAAAGCGAAAAACACUUGGACAAAAUUCUUAAUGUUGAUGAAUUUGUCAGACGAAUUUUUAGCGUUAUUCAUUCCAACGAUCCAGUUGCAAGAGCGCUUACUCUGCGUACCUUAGGCAGUGUUGCCGGGAUCAUACCAGAAAGACAACAGGUGCAUCACAGUAUAAGAAGAUCGCUCGAUUCUCACGACUCCGUCGAAGUUGAAGCUGCAAUUUAUGCUGCCCAGAUGUUUGCCGCCCAAUCGAAGCUCUUUGCAGUUUCAAUGUGCAGUAAGAUAUCGGACAUGAUUAGAGGACAAGCUACUCCUGCUACAAUGAAGUUACAGUUGAUACCAAUUUUGCAAUACAUGCAUCACGAUACGUCAACCGCUUCGAUGGUAAAUGACUUGUGCAUGGAAUUACUGGGAAGUUACCCAGCGGUGGAAUUUGUAAGGGUAACAUUAAGCGCCUUGACCACGCUGGCGUCUGCCACUUUAGUAGACGUCCCAGAACAAGUUGCGUUGCUAUUACGCUACUUACACGACGACCCAAGAACAUUCAUUAAACGCCAUGCUCUCGAUCUUCUGCACUCUUUGGCUAGGAGAGGUGCGCAUCUCUGGCCACAGGGAGCACUCACAAGUCUGAUCGAUAGCACAACAACACUGUUACAAGAUGGAACUGUUAACUCUGGUCUUCUAAUUAGAACUUUGGAUGUAAUAGAGGUACUUAGUCAAAGUGCGGUAACCUGUGACGCUAAUAUGGAGAAAGAUAGCCCGCUACUCUGUCUGUGUGUCAAUGCAUGUUACUCACCUGAUCUUCUUGUUGCUGUUAAAGCAGUUACAAUCCUGGCUAGAGUAGCUUGCUACUGUUACGAAGAAGGUUUGCCGGCGUAUGGAGAUGCUGACGUGGUGUCUUGCCUUGAGUCGCUGAUCGUUUUGUUGGCGUUGGACGAGGGUCAUCUGCGCCAGUUAAAAGUAUGCCUGCGAUCAACGGUGAAGCUGUGUGAGGCUAAUCCGAAACAUUGCCCCAUAUUCGUUGACGCCAUUGGAUCAACUCUGAUAAAUGCUAACACUGAAGGAGGGCAAGACAAGGGUCAAACUGUGGCACUGUGCGAAGCAUUGGGGGCUAUAGGCAGUUUGAGUGAAAAUGCGUUGCUUCCGCUCCUUCCUGACAUUCUGUUAAAGCUUGAACAAACUUCUCACGUUCACACAAAGGUGAUGCUGUGCACUCUACUGUUCCAAACUGUGGCAGGUGGUUACGAGUGGAACGCAGAGUGUUUGAAAGCGAUCGAGAAAGUCGUUGUUAGCAUUGACGGAUGGGCAAAAUACCGCAUCGCUCGUGGAGCUGCGAGGUACGGCCACCAUAGUGUGUCUACAAAAAUAUUUCAAAGCCUUAAGGAAACCGUCGCUUCUGAACAGUUACACUUUUGGCUGUCCGGUCUUUACUUGGUCACCAGCGCAGAGAGUCAUCUGUUGGACGACCCAAAAGAGAGCGACGGAGUCAAGAAAAAACUGGGCACAGUUGAAAGAUUAAAUGGAGCAAUUGCCCGGUAUGCUAGCGCAUGUGCAUCCCUUAAAGCAGCCAGCACACCAUUACGGAGUCUACAAUUCGCUAGCGAGUAUUCAAAAUUGCGAUGUGAAUUUCUUCAGUGUAUGGUGCAGCUUCUACAUUCCUGCAGGUCUCUGUGUACUGCUCCACCACCAGCAAUUGCAGCCACAGUUGUUUUAGCCACUAGAGAUGACUUGCAACGUUUUGGACGUGUUACUCAACAGCUGAGAAAGUCUGCAAAAGAGUUGAGGAAUUGCGCAGAGAAUUACCAAAAGCUUUAUCAAUCUGCUUUUGACGCUGAUCCAGGAUCAUUAGCAAACAUCAGAGCUUUGCAAGAAAUGUGUCGUUUGAUGGCAAAUAGCGUAGAACGAGUCUGUGGGGGUGUCGGAGCAGCGAUGUGUCAGCCUAACGAAACCGAAUUUAAUUUUGGUGAAUCCGUUGAGAUGAGACAACUGGCACGCUGUUGCACAGAAGUGUACAGAUUGGCGCCGAGCUGUGGUAGAGAAGGCGACGGAGAAGGAGGGGCGAUUAGUCACGUAAGAGUCGGGUGUUUAAUAGCGCAGGUGACGCUGCUGGCUGGGGGUAAAGUCAGGCUUCCAUUGCCCCGUUACUUUUUCCAAGCACUGCAGGCCACCAGCGUGAAGCUCUCCGUUUCUCCACAACCUCGUGUUCUUGGUGAGCCCGUUUCUCUACCUCAAGGGAGCCAGCUUGCCCUCAAAGUUGAGGGUGUACUGAGACACGGCAGACGUGCAUCUCUGUUUCGGUCCGUCGCUGCAGUCUGCAUUUCCAUAUCCACUGCCCCUCCAUCAAAAAUCAACAUAGAUCAAAAGGAUACGAAUAUGAACGAACUGCAGCAAACAGUGAUACCUCACCGUGACUUCUUCGCCUGUGAGUUUCUACUCUCUUUAGGAAGUCCUGGGGCGGCAGCUGCUGUUUGUGGAGGUAGCACAAGCGGAAGCGGUGGCGGACAAUAUCAAGUGACUGCCAGUGCGAGUAUUCUUGAUAAAGCUGGGAAUGUGUGGAAGUGUGGACCUCGUUCGACUCUUCAAGUUCGAGUGCACGAGGAACCUACGAAACGGAAAUUACCUUGAUCUGUGCAAAAUACUUGAGAUAAAUUAGAGCAGAAGAUGACAGAUACUGCGCUGGAAUAGAUUCCAAAAGUAAGUAUUCAUUGUGUCUCCUCCGGGAAGAGAACUUGCAUUCAAUGUGUUGCAAGCAGGCUAGAAAAUGAGGGAGAAGAAUGUGUGGAGCUAGGUAUUGAAAUAAUUAUGAAACGAUAGACGCUCGUGACUUCAAAACAAAUUUAGU